UUUACACUAUGGCUGCGCCCAGGCACAGUUUGCUUCGUGUGGUUUACACUUGCUGGCUUCUGUGGCUGCGGUCCGCAGAGUGCUUAGACGGUAGCGAAGACAAAGGGGAGCCCAGGGAAGAGGAAGAUCAGGGAGCCUGUGGUUGCAGCAACAGUCGGGCUAGCGGCGCGGAAAGAGCUGCACAGAAAUACUCUCGGGAGGCGAAUGUUUCCCAGCAGCCAAAAGAUCGCCGUGGAGACGACCGCUCGAAAAACGAGGGAAUGAAGAUGGUCCCUAUUCCAGCGGGAGUCUUUACAAUGGGAACUGAUGAGCCCAUUAUAAAACAAGAUGGAGAAGGGCCUGGAAGGAGAGUCCACAUUGGUCAUUUUUUCAUGGAUCGCUAUGAGGUCAGCAAUGCAGAGUUUGAGAAGUUUGUGAAUGCUACUGGCUAUGUUACAGAGGCAGAAAGAUUUGGUGAUUCCUUUGUAUUUGAAGGCAUGUUGAGUAAAGAAGUGAAGAAUGGAAUUCAACAAGCUGUUGCAAUUGCUCCUUGGUGGCUACCAGUUAAAGGAGCAAAUUGGAAGCACCCAGAAGGCCCUGAUUCUCAUAUCUUAAAGAGGCUGGAUCACCCAGUUCUUCAUGUGUCUUGGAAUGAUGCUGUAGCCUUUUGCAGUUGGGCAGGAAAACGGUUACCAACUGAAGCUGAAUGGGAAUACAGCUGUCGGGGAGGUCUUGAAAACAGACUUUUUCCGUGGGGAAACAAACUUCAUCCAAAUGGUCAGCACUAUGCAAAUAUUUGGCAGGGAGAAUUCCCUAGAAGCAAUACAGAGGAAGAUGGUUAUAAAGGCACCGCACCUGUAACAGCAUUUCCUCCAAAUGGUUAUGGCCUGUACAACAUUGUGGGAAAUGCCUGGGAGUGGACAUCAGAUUGGUGGGAAAUUGAUCAUUCUGCAGAUGAAACAUACAGCCCGAAAGGACCUUCAGAAGGGUCGGACCGAGUGAAGAAAGGUGGAUCCUACAUGUGCCAUAAGUCCUAUUGCUAUAGAUAUCGAUGUGCAGCCCGAAGCCAAAAUACCCCUGACAGCUCAGCUUCCAAUCUGGGUUUCCGCUGUGCUGCUGACAGUCUGCCAGACUACUUAAAGUGACAAAGCUUGACAGCCCUGGAGGACAGAGAGAUCUCACCAGGCUUUGCGAAAAAGGAUGCAACUCAAAGAUUCUACAUUUGUCUUGCCAAAAUAGAAGACACUGGAAAUUCUGAAUAUUUCAGCCAGCAGCUUUUGUUUUCUUUGAUUCCUGGUUGGUAAAGAACCUAGGUUGCCUUUUCAUUUAAUGCACUUUACGCGAAAUACAUUUGAUUAUUGAGUUGUUUUAAAUUUAAGAACUAAAUCAUAUCAGACAUAGUUUUGUUUUUUUAAUAAAAGACAUUACCAAUCAAAUGAUAGAUCAAUUUACAUAAUUAAUUAAGUAUCCUAUAUUUAAUUUUUUAAAGUGCAUCUGAUUAAGAUGAAAUAGCACACAGUGUUUGUGGGGAUAAAAAACAUCACAUUCUGAUCCAAAGAAAUUUCAAAGCUGUUUGUAUGUUAUUUAUGUUAUGUUUAUCUUACUUUCUUGUUCCAUUGGUUUCAGUGGGUCUUAAAUCCAAUUCACAUUCUUCAAGAGUAAUAAUUUUGAAAAUAAGCCAUUAUCUGUUUUCUGAAAUACACUGAUGUAAUUUAUGUUUGAAUUAGUAUGAUUUAUUGUUGCUUUUCGUGAAGAUUGUUCUUAUUUUUUGAUAAUUAUUGAUUUCUUCAGCAGCUAUAGCAGAGAAACAUUCCAGACCCAAGCCUUUGCAGAUAACCUCCUAGGACCUCCAUUUUUACAGCCUCAGUACCCAAAUUUUGGUGGUUGCUUUUUUUUGCCCCCCUCCCCACCGAAAGAGUUCCAUGGGGCAAAUAUUUACAGUAAGUGUUGUGUUCAAUAGGCAGCUGAUCCCUGUGGGCACCAGAAUCUAUGUGGGGCAGCAAAAGAGCUCCCUCUUCACAAGGAUAAGGUUUUUAUUAGAUGGUCCCCAGUUUGUAAUCUGAUUAAGAUUACAGGGUCCAAGCAGUGUUGGAACGUGUGGAGACCUCCUCCCCUACCAGGAAUAAUAGAAAAUAAUUUUUAUUUAACAUAAAAUAAGUCUAUGGGAGGACAAGCUGCCUGCAAAAUACCCAGCAUCUGGGCUGUGAUGCCUCGCCCCUUUAAAAUCUCUCCCUAAGUAGCCCAGCAAUUUGUGGCUAUGAAAGCUGAGUAGAAAGGCAGCUAGGUGUUGUUGGUAUGAGAGGGAAGCUGAUUUGUAUUUGGGAGAUUGCAAAAGUCUGAAACAGCCUAAAGCAAAUAGAAGAGUUAUUGUUCACCAGAAGUUAGGAGUCACAAAGAGAAGUAGUGGAAGAACAUGAGUUGUAUGGAAUUGGAGAAGACUGGUAGAUAAAUAGUGAGCACUAGCUUUUUUGAGUGCUUAUGUGUAUGUAGCCUAGAGACUGGUAUGGUUGUGUUGGCGCUCUGAGGUUUUGGAGCCCACUGACCUGGAUAUAUGUAAAAGAACCUGUGACAAAGUUCUUGAGGAAUGAGACAGUUGUACCAAGUAUUAGGAGGCUCGAUAGAUAUGUGAAAGGGAAGGGAAGGAAGGAACCCCAUUAAGGACAACAGCCUUUGUAUGCCUAUUUUAUACCGCCAUCUUGAUUUGACUAGUUCCAAGAGUCUUGAGGCUCUGGAGCUAAAUCCGAGGGCCAAACAGGAAGUCUCUGCUUCUCUGAGAACUUCCAUUGAACAACCUCUUGGGGCAGGUAAAUUCUAACUCCUUGUCACUGAAUCCCAUCUUGUCUCUCAUUGGAAGAGGACAGUUAUUUUAGGGUCCUCUGUGGAGCAGGCGCCUCAUUCUAUUACAACAGAAUUUUUCACCAGCUGAUGUGAGGAAAAAUGUAUUUUUUCCUUAAAUGGCUCCUUUUAACUAUAUGAUUAUAUAUUUAAAGAACCUGAGGGUUACAGAUGGAAGUAGCUGCCAAUAUCUUUUCAGGGAAUUACUACGACAAUCCUGAGAUAAAUCAUCUGUAUAAUGCAAAUAUGGAAAAUGUGCAUAAAGGCAUCUCAGGUUAUAUUUUCCUGUCCACUAUUGCUACAAAAUAUUCUGUUGAUAUUUCUUUUCAGCAGACCUUUGUAGAGCCGUGGGAGGAAUUUAAUAAAACUUUGGAAUUCCUU